AUGUAUGUUAUGCUUAUAAAUGUAAUAGUUUUUAGAUCUCACCAACCAACGAACCCACCUUUAGCAUGCUUACAACAAAGAGCUGAAGCAUUAACAAAAUUCCUAAGCAUCGCUUCAUCGCUAUCACUAGCUGCAGCCAAACAAGAGCUGCCUUCGGCGCAAACACUACCUAUUCCUCUACUGGAGCUUCAACAAAAAGCGCAACAACGAGAACCCAGUCCCCAUCAGCAGGGUCAAAGUGAACUUCAUCCUCAGAACACAACUCAGUCGCAACCACAGACUGAAAUUCAAACCCCAGUGUUGCCACAGCAAAGUCCAUCUAAGAAUGAAUCGUCCAGUGGCCAUUCAAUUAAUAUUAGAAAUAGAACGUGUAUAAACAAGAUGCAAACUGAUAUUCUGCUAGAAGCUUUCAACAGACAUCCAUUUGUAGAUGGGAUAAUGAGACAGCAUUUGGCGCAGAUUACAGGUCUUAGCAGUAGGGUUGUUAAAAUUUGGUUUCAGAAUAGGAGACAGCAGGAAAAAAAGAAAUAUCGUCCCAGUACCAGUGAUUAG